AUGGCUAUAAUCUUCAUUAAUAAUCUUGCUAUAAUAGCUAUUAUGUUGUUGGUUCCUUCAAUUUCAGCAGUUGAUUACAUUGUUGGAGAUGAUGCAGGCUGGACUACCAACUUUGAUUACCAAGCUUGGGCUCAGGAUAAGUUGUUUGGUGUGGGUGACAGACUAGUAUUUAAGUAUCCAGCAGGAGUUCAUAAUGUGUUCAAAGUAAAUGGCACGAACUUCAAACAAUGCACAACACCAGUUGGUGCAGUGCCGUUGACGAGUGGAAACGAUGUCGUUACAUUAGCAACUCCAGGAAUAAAAUGGUACUUAUGUGGUGUUGGUCAACAUUGCGCAGUGGGAAACCAAAAGCUUGCCGUUCAUGUGCUUCCGUUGUCUCCGGUGCCUUCUCCAUCUCCAGCGCCUUCACCAUUUCUUACUGAUGUAUCUGAUGAUCAAGACUAG